AUGAAAUUCAGGAUAAAGUCAGGUCAUAUGGUGAUAACUCUGCAAAUUCAUCAUCAUCUGGUUACUAAAGACAUGAAGAAGUACCUUCCACUAGUAACGGAAACUGUGGUACAUUGUUAUCUGUCAAAGAACCAGGUUAAGAAUCGGAACCUACUGGCAAAAAGAAAGCAAAUUGUCAAGCAGCACCAAGAGUGA